AUGACAACAAUUAAGUUUGGAUGGAAGAAAAAGACUGUCGGCAGCCUUCAACACAACCCAGCAUUCGAUCAAGAAAAAGGGUUUGUUGAGGAUGACGAUGGUGCUCCAGCAAAUUUUGACUGGACAAAACUAGGGAGCAAAAACAAAAGUUUGGUUACUGAGAGUAAAGAUGCCAAAUUUAAAAGGCUGUACGACGAAGGCGUUCUGUUGGCAGAAGAAGAGAGGUACUGGGAAGCAAUAAAGCGGUGGAACGAGGCUUUAGAAAUCUAUCCUGUGAACGAAAAGUUAUAUGAAAUGAAGUCACAGGUUUUGAUGGAGCUUAAUGAAAUCUUCCCUGCUGUUGAAAAUGCCAAGAAAGCAAUCCAUUUUAGGCCUGAUUGGGCAGAAGGUCAUCAGACAUUAGGAAGAGCCUUGUUAAACAUUGGGGAGCUUAAACUGGCUUUGAGGAGUUUCCUAACUGCAGAAUUUCUGAAACCGGAUGCUCCUGAAUUUUGGGCAGAUGAUGUUAAAUGGACUAUCAGCUUGAUAGAAGAAGAGCAGCAGACCAUGAAAAUGGACACAACAUAAAUAGAAGAGAAAUAUUAAAAUAUUUACAUUUACAAGUGCCAAAU